CUAUUUUACUCUCCUUUUGGAGUGUUUCGAUUGAAUUUGCCUAAUGCUGUUUGUGCCACCCUGUGCUGCACCGUUUCGAUACGUCAUGUGUUGUUGUUGUCUAACAGAAAGCAAUCAAAACAAACGAUUACUCCACUGCACCACAAAUAACGCUAAAUAACGCUCUAUCGCUCUAUUUUUCCUCGAUUUAUCCACUGCCUCAAUGUUUGGUGACGUUGGGCGAGGCGGGGAUCAUGAAUCCGAUGACGAAGAAUUCUUCAAACCAACGCCCUCCAACAGCGCCAAUUCCACACUGGCCAAACUGUUUGGCUUCACGCCCAAAGGCACUGCUAGCGUAGGUAGUAGAGAACGUGCGAGCGUUUCCGCUGCACCGAAGCCGGUCAAAAUCUCCGAUCGCUACGGUCCAUCCAAUUUCCGAUACGUUCCCGCCGAACCGGCCGAAGACGAGACGGCGGAAGAGUCGUCCAAAGCUCCUCCGGAAUGGACCAUCGUACGGGCAUCGGUCGUUUCGGCCUACAAGCUCGUUGAUCGUGACAAUGUUUACCUGGGCAGCGUGGGACUUGCGUUGCUCAACUCCUCCGCCGGUCAUCGAUUGCUGCUAUACCGCACGAAGACGGAUGUACUGGCCACGGUGACACUGUCCUCCGACACGAAGCUUUUCCUCAAACAGAACUAUCUCCAGUUCCGGGCGGAUGAUUCGAACGAGUUUUGGAGCGUGCUGAUCGAAGCCGAAACCGAGCGACAGGCGUUGCUUGCUGCGAUCGAAUCGUGGUGCUGCGUGGAACGUGAACCGAUCGUGGAGGAACCACUGUCAGAGGUGGAACGGGAUCCGCCCGACCCGCCGAACAGCAAACGGUCCGAGCUGGCGGCACGCAUGGCACGGAUGGGUGGGCAAGCGAUGCCCCUGCCGGAGAAGGUGAAACCGCCCCCGAUUCCCACGACCGCACCCGGGUCCGAUUCGUCCGAUACGUCCGACUCGAAGAUUGAGACCAUUACGACGCGACCGAUCCGACGGCCCAACUACCCGUCGGCGGUCGGUAUGCAGAUGGUUCCGCUGGCAGGAAUGGUCCCAGCGGGCCACGGUGGGACCGUCACAGGUCAGGGGAAUGGCACAACGAUGGCGGAUGUGAAUUUCAACUUGAUUAUGAGCGAAAACCGCAUGCAAAACACGGAAAUGCGCAUGAAUCUGACAAAGCUCGAAUCGAAGCUUGACCGUGUGCUCGAUCGGAUCGAUUUGCUUAACCUGCACCAGGGAGGGUCGUCGGGUUCGUCGGAGCGUCCCCAGAGCGUAGCCGACAAGGAUGCCGAAGUGCUCGAGCUGGAAGAGAAGCUGCUCGAGCUGAAGCGUACCAAUCAUGCGCUGAAAAGCAAAGUGCGCACACUAGAAGCAGCGGAAAGGGACGGAACGCGAGAGACAAACGCCAAGCUGGAGCAACAAAUCAAAACGCUGGAAGAGCUUGAACGCCACCACAAGGAAACCAUCCGCAGUUUGGAGUUACAGCUCGAAGCAAGCAAUGCGGAGUUGGCACGGCAGAAAGCAACGCUCGAUGCGCUUGAAAAGCAGCUUGCAGAGGAAAAACUAACCACUGAAGAUGCAACCAAAGAAAUGAACGCAGCCCGGGAACAGCUAGCAGAAGCUCGGCAUGACCGGACGCGUUUCAAAGAACAGUUGGAGCAAGAACAUCAUCGUUCGGAAUCGUGGCGCCAGCAGCUGGACCAGCUGCAGCGAGAAUGUGAUGAACUGAAGCAGGCGGCACAGCAUCGCCCAGCGGCAACGGACGCUUCCCUGGUGAAAGACAUCAUGAACGGAUGCUACCAGCAGCUUUGCGACCAGAUAACCGAUCCGCACGUGCUGCGGAUAAUUGCGCAAACGAUCAAGCGCGAAACCAAAGCGGCACUGGAACGGGCCGGCGGCCCGUAGAGGAUGGUGCCAAGGACAUUCCCAAGGAAAUAGAGCGAAAGUGUGCGUGCGUUUGUUAGUUAAGUAAAAGUUGCUCAUAUAUAUAUAUAUAU